GGCAGUUUCCGCAGUCUCCGUGGGGCCUUGCUGCGGCUUUUUCUUCCAGAGAUUGUAUCGCAUAUAUGGAAGCCAGGGAAAUGGUUUUAUACAUCAAACGUCUUCUCAAAGCAUACCUGUCUAUGGCACCUCAAAAUUUACUUUCAUUAUUAUUCUAUACAAUUUGCAUAACUGACCGUGUAGGAGGGUGCACAGGCUGUAGUACAGGACCUCCUGGGACACACUACUGGUGCAGUCUGUGGGCACAGAAGCGGGCAUGCCAAGAGAGUUGUAGUUGUGCAACAGCUGGAGACACCCAGCUCUGCCCACUUUGCCUAAAUAGCAUUGAAGUUCACUGGGGCCAGAAGCCAUUCCCACUUUAAGAGAGCAGUGAUUGCCGGGAGGUAGUAUAAUGAGGCGUGAUGCGUAUCCGUGGUCACGUUACUAUACUCGGGCCACUGUCAAGAAAGGAAGAGGCAGCGGCAAGACAGUGGACUGUGGAGGACUGGACCAAAAGGAGCAUUACAGGACAUGGGGUUAUUGAAUCUUCUUCUCGCCAUGGUCUUAAUGCCCGGCAUACUGGCAGGAAGCUACAUCAUCAAUGUAGACCCGACACAGUCUAGAAAGGAAAUGAAACAUUUCUGGAAAAGCACCGGAUUUUGCCCUCCCUUACCACAUGACAAGGCAGAGACAUAUUUUUUGGGUAAAGACCAAAAUCUUAACCUGGCAUACAUAUCUUCUGUUCCACAUAGUGGCAUUGUGCAAGUCCGAAUUCACUGGUUGUUGGACCUCAUUACAGCUUUAGUUAUUAAUGGAACAGUUUAUUACAACUUCACUAAUCUGGAUAAAUUUAUGGAUAUUCUGAUGGAAAAUGAAUUGGUGCCAGGUUUUGAAUUAAUGGGAAGUCCAUCAGGAUAUUUUACCAGUUUUGAAGAUAAAACACAAGUGUUUGAAUGGAAACAACUAGUCUUUUUAACAGCAAAACGGUACAUUGAACGGUAUGGCUUAGAACAUGUCUCAACAUGGAAUUUUGAAACUUGGAAUGAACCAGAUAAUCAUGAUUUUGACAAUGUCUCCAUCACAGUAACAGGCUUUCAGAAUUACUAUGAUGCCUGCUCUGAAGGGCUAAAACAAGCAAGUCCACAGUUAAGAUUUGGUGGCCCAGGAGAUUCAUGCCGCUCACCACCAAGGUCACCUAUCUGUUGGGGUCUACUUAGCCAUUGCUAUAAUGGUACCAAUAUCUUUACUGGGGAGACUGGAGUGAGAAUGGACUACAUUGCACUGCAUAAAAAGGGUGGAGGGAGUUCCUUUCGUAUUUUGGAGCAAGAAAUUGACACUGUUAGUGAAAUUCACCAACGCUUUCCACAGUUCCAAUCUGUUCCAAUAUACAAUGAUGAGGCUGAUCCACUAGUAGGUUGGUCCACACCACAGUCUUGGAGAGGCGAUGUUACAUAUGCAGCCAUGGUAAUAAAGGUAAUAGGCCAGCACCUGGACUUUAUGCAUUCAGAUGGAAAUCCCAGCAUGAACUACAGCUUGCUAAGUAAUGAUAAUGCUUUCAUGAACUAUUACCCUCACUACUUUACUCAGAGGACACUGACCGCAAGAUUCCAGAUGAACAACACUAAGCCCCCUCAUGUCCAGAUGGUGAGAAAACCAGUGUUAACUGUAAUGGGCUUGCUGGCUUUAUUAGGAGAAACACAGAUCUCCACUUACUUGAUCAGGGACAUGGAUAUAUCCAACAACUCUAGCACUGUGGGAGUAAUAGCAAGCGUGCAUGAACCAAAGAAUGGAGAUCAGGCUGAUAGCUGGCAGUCAACCAUAGUGCUUUAUGCUUCAGAUGAUAACAGAACAUCAACUGACAUACAUUUUAUAACAUUAAAUCUAACAAAUUUUCCAAAGUCAAAAGAUCUUGUGUAUGUGACAUACUACAUGGAUAACAUAUUAACAAAUCCAUUUUUUGAAUGGCAAAAAGCAGGAAGUCCAGAUUUCCCUUCCUUAGAAGAAUUUAAACACAUGCACAAUGCAGAGGAUCCGGUCAUGAAGGGACCUUUUAUGUUCCCUAAAGAUGGUAAUUUGGUUCUGAAGGUACAACUUCCAGUUCCUUCAGUGCUACUUGUUCACAUCUGCGAUCAACCCCAUUCUCCUCCUGGACAGGUCUCUAGACUUAAUAUUAUUAACCUUUUUGAAGGACAAGUAGCAUUGACCUGGAGUGAUGAAUAUGUAGUAACAAGAUGUUUGAAGACAUAUGAAGUGGAGUUUUCUCCUGACUUGAAAACCUUUAUCAAAAUAAACACAAGAAAUAUAUUUUUUACUUUAUUUACUUACAGUCCCGAAAGUGGCCAAGUGUACGGGAUGUAUAGAGUGCGUGCUGUUAAUUAUUGGGAUGUUCCGGGACUCUACAGUACUCCACAACAGUAUACAGAAAAGAGUGUAUAGAUUCAGCAACUCUAUACAUCAUAAAUGUUUUUUUACUGCAAAGCUUUUUCAUAGUUCUUCAAAAUGUUAUUUUACUCUAGAUUUAUCAUACAGCAACAUUGUACACAAGUGAUAAGUGUCUGUAGUAUUUAGGCUGUGUUCACACAGUGCAGUUUUCCUGUGUUUUUGAUUUUUGCCACAAUUUUACCAUAUUAGCAAAAUAGUGGCAAAAAUGGCAUUAUUUGAUAAAUUAGCAAUGAUUUUGCCAAAAUCCUGGGAAAUUGCGCAUUUUUGACACAAAGUACGCAUCAGGACACGGAAAACUGCACCAUGUUGACAUCUUUAGGCAGAUUAAUGCCUUUAUAAAUACAAUAACUUCUAAGUGAGUUUGUAACUUGCUGCUUAAAUGGUUAAUAGAUUUCCCUCUUAAUGAAUGGAUUCUCACUGUACAGUUCAACAGUUGUCUUCAUUUUUUUACUUCAACAUGACGCAACAAUGGUUAGAGUUCUCUUCAAGUGCUACAAUUGUACUUGAUAGUUGCUGGCCACAGGUGAUAGGGACACUUGGACAUU